UGCCAUCCUCCUAUUUGUGUUCUCUGCAUAGCUGAGAUGACAGGAGCCCAGCCACUGGUUGAGAUGGAGUGUUAUGAACUUCUUUGCUGGCAUGGCCUCAAACCGCAAUCCUGUUGACCUUUACCUCCUUAGUAGCUAGGAUUACAGGUUUACGCCAUUGUGCCCAGGCGGCUAUUAGCUUUUAAAGUCUUAUCUGUUGUCUUUAGAAAAGAGGAAAAAGAAAGUAUGUGCCCUCUUGCUUCUCUGUACUAGCACUUGAAAAUAUCAAGUUUCUGCCCCUCUCCCUAUCCCUGCAUGUCAGAGGAUAAUACUCACGCUUGAGCAGAAUGGCAGAGCGGUCCUCCAAGCAUAUGGGGAUCAUCAAAGGACAUACUCUUUGUACUAUCAAGACUUGUGUCAUGGUGAUUUUUAGAGUUUAAAGAGAUACCAGUUCUCGUGUGUUUGUGCAGUUGUCAUUAACAACUGCAGAUUCGCUGAUAUUUUCUUUAUUUUGCUCAUUCAGGUUUUAGUCUUACUUACCCAGUUUGAUUCCAUGAAAGCCUACUGUGUCAUAAAGCCUGGGAAAGCCCUGCAUGUGAGCUGCCUUGUCUUUGGAAGACUUCUCCACAGCACAAGUCUUUGAGUCUCUCUUCUUGCCAUUGUCACAUUCUGUCCUUUGCUAGUUAUUUAUGUGUGCAUCCUGUCUUUCUUGUCGGAUUAUGGUGAGUUCUUUACAUUCUUCAUAAUCCCUAGCAUGAAGAUUUGUCAUAAAUAUUAGUUGAAUUGAACUGAAGUAAUGUUUUUCUGAGCUAAGUCUUCAUCAUUAAGUACAAAAGGAAUUGUUUUUAGAAAGGUCCAUCAUCUUUACUUUCCCCUGUCUGAUUUUGUAUUUAGAUAGUUACUUAAUAUGUGUUCCACCUGUAUCCUGGAGAAUAUAUGUAGCAGCCUAAAGAUUAGUAGGAUAAAAAUAAAAUGCAGUUAGGAAAUGAUCAGUGUGCUGUCUCUGUGGGAAGGAGCAGGGAACCAAGAUGCUUGAGUUCCAUGGAUUAUAGUUAACUCCAUCUUAUUUGAUCUAAGAAAAGAAGGAACCAUAGCUAGUUACAGCAUUUUCUUAUUUUCUUUUCUUUUUUACCACAAAUGGCAUAAAAUUCAUCUGCAGAGAGAAGCUUCCUGGUCCUGACCUUAGUGUGUAUUUCUCUCAGGUCUUUGUCUCUGUGCACACCUACCUAUUUAUGCUUCCUUAAGUUGUUGUACUGACUUAUUGUUGUUAUUUCACUGCUUUGGGGUGUUUUACUUCUGUGGUCUCCCUGCCUCACUGUUCUUUCUCAGCAAGCUACUCUGGAGAUUAACUGUGUUGAUGGUAGCAGCCUGCAUGCACUAUUUACAACUGCUCUCCCGGCCCAGGGUUCCCCAGUGCUUAUUUCAAAUUUGAUAAGAAAACAGGUCAGGUAGAGUCAGGUUAGCCUCUGUCUUUUUGCCAGCCACAGUGCUUGAACUUGCACAUACAUUAUUUUAUUCUAUCUAGGAAGUUCUCCCAGGGAGAGUACUUUGUGGGUAUGAAGAGCUUUGCAUCUUGUGCUGAGGAAUGGGUUCUCUGGGUUUAUCUGAUAAUGGGACAAGGUAGUUGAUAUUAUAGGACAAACUCAGUGGAUGAGUUAGAAGGAGUAGGUGAACUUAGCUUAACUGACUAGUAAACUUUUUUUUUUUUUUGUCAUUGUUUUUGUAGUACUGGGAUUUAUAUUCAGGACAUGGUAUUUGCCAGACAGGGCUAUACCACUUGAUCCAUGCUCCCAAUCCUUUUUGCUUUAGUUAUUGUUUUAGAUAGAGUCCCACUUCUUGUCCAGGGUUAUCCUCUGAUUGCCGUCCUCCCACCUACACCUCCUUUGUAGCUGGGAUUGCAGACAUGUGCCACCACUCCUGGCUUGUUUGUUGCAAUGGCAUCUUGGUAACUUUGUACCCGGACUGGUCUUGACUGUCCCAAUCUCUGCCUCCCAAGUGGCUAGGAUUACAGGUAUGAGCCAUUACACCUGGCCACCAGUAACCGUUCUUCUAUUUAAACUUGUCCAUACAACUAUGGACAAGUGUUGCUGAUAAGACAGACUUUGUUAGGAUUGUGUAUUUAGAAUAAGUGCAUUUGAAUGUGCCCUCUGAGCUCUAAGAGGUACUUCCUGGAAAAGUUGGAAAGAGCCCGAUCUAUUGAGCACAUUUCUCUUCUUUUUGGGGUUGUAGAAACUGAAGUCCCAGAGUUCAUGUCCGUGGUGACUAAGCUAGGACUUGAUUUCCCAAUUCACCAGCUAUCCUUUUAACCCUGAUGUCUGCUUCUCCUUGUGCUCAGCGCUUCAGAGCCAGAGUGGACAUCUCUCCAUGAGCUCAGGUGGACAGAUGGGCAGAUGUGAAAAUCUGUUAUAUUCACAGAGAUGGCAUGAGCAAGGGCUCUAGACCAAGAUAGAACAGCCUUACAGAAAGUGAAGAAAUCUGUAAAAGCAAUAUAUAAUUCUGGUCAAGACCAUGUACAAAAUGAAGAAAACUAUGCACAAGUUCUUGAUAAGUUUGGAAGUAAUUUUUUAAGUCGAGACAACCCCGAUCUUGGCACCGCAUUUGUGAAGUUUUCUACUCUUACAAAGGAACUGUCCACACUGCUGAAAAAUCUGCUCCAGGGUCUAAGCCACAAUGUGAUCUUCACCUUGGAUUCCUUGUUAAAAGGAGACCUGAAGGGAGUCAAAGGAGAUCUCAAGAAGCCCUUUGACAAAGCUUGGAAAGACUAUGAGACAAAGUUUACAAAAAUUGAAAAGGAGAAAAGAGAGCAUGCAAAACAGCAUGGGAUGAUCCGCACAGAGAUAACAGGAGCCGAGAUUGCAGAAGAAAUGGAGAAGGAAAGACGGCUCUUUCAGCUCCAGAUGUGUGAAUAUCUGAUUAAAGUUAAUGAAAUCAAGACCAAAAAGGGUGUGGAUCUGCUGCAGAAUCUUAUAAAGUAUUAUCACGCUCAGUGCAAUUUUUUCCAAGACGGCUUGAAAACAGCUGAUAAACUGAAACAGUACAUCGAGAAACUGGCUGCUGAUUUAUAUAAUAUAAAACAGACCCAGGAUGAAGAAAAGAAACAGUUAACUGCACUCCGAGACUUAAUAAAAUCCUCUCUUCAGCUUGAUCAGAAGGAAGUAGGUGGUUUACAUGUUCCCAGCAGGGCUAACAGUGACUCCCAGAGCCGGCAAGGCGGGUACAGCAUGCAUCAGCUCCAGGGCAAUAAGGAAUAUGGCAGUGAAAAGAGGGGGUACCUGCUAAAGAAAAGUGAUGGGAUCCGGAAAGUAUGGCAGAGAAGGAAGUGUGCCGUCAAGAAUGGGAUUCUGACCAUCUCACACGCGACUUCUAACAGGCAGCCAGCUAAGUUGAACCUCCUCACCUGCCAGGUGAAGCCAAAUGCUGAGGACAAGAAGUCUUUCGACCUGAUCUCACAUAAUAGGACUUACCACUUUCAGGCAGAAGAUGAGCAAGAUUAUAUAGUAUGGAUAUCAGUAUUGACGAAUAGCAAAGAAGAGGCCCUAACCAUGGCCUUCCGUGGCGAACAGAGCACAGGGGAGAACAGCUUAGAAGAUCUGACAAAAGCCAUUAUUGAGGAUGUCCAGCGGCUCCCUGGGAAUGACGUCUGCUGCGACUGUGGCUCGUCAGAACCCACGUGGCUUUCAACCAACUUGGGUAUUUUGACCUGUAUAGAAUGUUCCGGAAUCCACAGGGAAAUGGGGGUUCAUAUUUCUCGCAUUCAGUCCUUGGAACUGGACAAAUUAGGAACUUCUGAACUCUUGCUGGCCAAGAAUGUAGGAAACAAUAGUUUUAAUGAUAUUAUGGAAGCAAAUUUACCUAGCCCUUCACCAAAGCCCACCCCUUCAAGUGAUAUGACUGUCCGUAAAGAAUACAUCACUGCGAAGUAUGUAGACCAUAGGUUCUCAAGGAAGACCUGUUCCUCUUCUUCAGCUAAGAUGAAUGAAUUGCUUGAGGCCAUUAAAUCCAGGGAUUUACUUGCACUAAUUCAAGUCUAUGCAGAGGGAGUAGAGCUAAUGGAGCCACUGCUGGAGCCUGGACAGGAGCUUGGAGAGACAGCCCUUCAUCUUGCCGUCCGAACUGCAGACCAGACAUCUCUCCAUCUGGUUGACUUCCUUGUACAAAACUGUGGGAAUCUGGACAAGCAGACAUCCUUGGGAAAUACAGCCCUACACUACUGCAGCAUGUUCAGCAAGCCUGAGUGUCUGAAGCUGCUUCUCAGGAGCAAGCCCACCGUGGAUGUUGUUAACCAAGCUGGAGAAACUGCUUUGGACAUAGCAAAGAGACUAAAAGCUACCCAGUGUGAAGAUCUGCUUUCUCAGGCUAAAUCUGGAAAGUUCAACCCACACGUCCAUGUAGAAUAUGAGUGGAAUCUUCGACAGGAGGAGAUGGACGAAAGUGAUGAUGAUCUAGAGGACAAACCAAGCCCAAUCAAGAAGGAGCGCUCGCCUAGACCCCAGAGCUUCUGCCACUCCUCCAGCAUCUCACCCCAGGACAAGCUGGCACUGCCAGGGUUCAGCACUCCACGGGACAAGCAGCGGCUGUCCUACGGAGCCUUCACCAACCAGAUCUUCGUCUCCACGAGCACAGACUCGCCUACGUCACCCACUGCAGAACCUCCCCCUCUGCCACCUAGGAAUGCUGGGAAAGGUAAUGAUGUGGGUCCAUCAUCUUCAAGUAAGACCACGAACAAGUUUGAGGGACUGUCUCAGCAGUCAAGCACCAGUUCUGCAAAGACUGCCCUUGGCCCAAGAGUUCUUCCCAAACUACCUCAGAAAGUGGCACUAAGGAAAACAGAAACAAGCCAUCAUCUCUCCCUAGACAAAGCCAACAUCCCACCUGAGAUUUUUCAGAAGUCAUCACAGUUGGCAGAGUUACCACAAAAGCCACCACCUGGAGACCUACCCCCAAAGCCCACAGAACUGGCUCCCAAACCCCAAAUUGGAGAUUUGCCACCUAAGCCUGGAGAACUGCCCCCUAAGCCACAGUUGGGUGACCUGCCACCAAAGCCCCAGCUCUCAGACUUACCUCCUAAACCACAGGUGAAGGAUCUUCCUCCCAAACCACAGCUGGGAGACCUGCUGGCAAAGUCUCAGACUGGCGAUGUCUCACCCAAGACACAGCAGCCCUCAGACAUCAUGCAGAAGUCACACCCAGCAGAUCUGUCUCCAAAUGUGCAGUCCAGAGACACCAUCCAGAAGCAAACAUCUGAAGAGUCCAACGACCUCACGCCCACUCUGCCAGAAACACCCGUACCACUGCCCAGAAAAAUCAAUACGGGGAAAAAUAAAGUGAGGCGUGUGAAGACCAUCUACGACUGCCAGGCAGACAAUGAUGAUGAGCUCACGUUCAUCGAGGGAGAAGUGAUUAUUGUCACAGGGGAAGAGGACCAGGAGUGGUGGAUUGGACACAUCGAAGGACAGCCUGAGAGGAAGGGGGUCUUUCCGGUGUCCUUUGUUCACAUCCUGUCUGAUUAGCAGAAAGCAGAAUCUGAAGAUUGUCCCCAUCCUUCAUGCAAGACUGCUGCCUCCGUGUAAUCCUGUGCACAUCGUGUAUAUAGCUGCUGUUACAGAAUAAGAAACUCAUGGAAGGGCCACACAGGAGGGGAAUAUAGUAUGUAUUGUAAAUAUCCUGUGGUCUUCUGCCUUCACCAGUAUUAGGGUUGCCUCGGGACCCGGCGUGCCCUACUGGUUUGCCAAAGCCAUCCUUGGCAUCUAGCACUUACAUCUCUCUCUCUAUGCUGUUUCACAAGUAAAUAAAGGAAACAGGAGUAUAGGAACCACUGGCUUUGUGAGUAGAAAGUGGUCUCCAGCACCCGUUGAAGGGCAUAGAAUUGACUCUUCCUAACAAUGCAGUAUUCUCAAUGGUGUUACUGAAAAUGCAACAUUAGCAGAGGUGGGUUCUGUUCUCCAGGUGAAGCUUUAGUUAGCUCCAUGACAGACCAGCCUGUAGUUAUCUGUGUACACAGUUUACAGCUACCAAAACCUACUUUGGUAUUUAUUGCAGAAAAGUGCUCAGUUAAACAUAAGUGUUAUUUCUUCAGCAAAAUACUGACCCAAACUCCUUGUGGCAUUCUAAAUGCACACAGCCUCCUGCAAGUUUAGACAAGUGGGUCUGUCCUGUCUCCUGAUGAUGAGUGCCCGCCCCUGAGAUAUUACCUCAUUAUGCAGAAAUAACAUAUCCUUUAUGACGACUUUGACAAAAAUUUAAAACCACGUCUGAUGAAGUUCAACUUUCAGGAACCAAGGACUGCCAGAAAAUAUUAGCCUCUACAUUAUGCAUGCAUUUAGAAGCUUACCUGAAAUCUGCCUUUUAUAAAGGAAUAAAUAGAAUGGAUAAGUUGAACUGUACAUUUUUUAAACUUGAUUGCCAUUAAAGCAGAAAUUAUAAGGUUGCAACAUUUGUUUCUAAUCAGUCAUUUAGCCUUCUCCACAAUAUGAAUUCACAUACCGUAUUGUGAGUCAGCAUCCUUCAGGUGUGUUGAAUGCAUUUAAAGUACCAGUUUGAAAUUGUUUUCUUAGUUUUAUUCUUGGAUAAAUUUAAACUCUCAAAAGAUUAUUCAAGAUGCAGAAUUUUAAAAGUCAACCCUUCACACAAUUUGUCCAAGGUAGAAUUCAGGUGCUGAAGCCAAGUUUUUGUUUUUCAUCCUCUUGCUUAAACCCCAGUUACAGCUAAGUUUUCCCGUCUUAUGCUCUACCCAAUAGACAUGUCCCCUUCAGGUCAAUUCGUAACCAAGUUUUGGAACGCUGCUAUGAAUUGCACUGUGAAAAAGCUCUCUAGGAGGAGUUGGUGUCUUUGUCUCUCACCACCCUCCCCGCUUCUCUUUCUCUCUCUCUCUCUCUCUC